UGCUCAUGAUGACCAAGCCUACUGCCAAUUUCGAACAACAAGAAAUCGAUAAAUUUAGCCAAGUUGCCCACCAAUGGUGGGAUAAAUCAGGCGAAUUCAAGCCGUUACACGAUAUCAAUCCACUACGCCUUAACUGGAUAGACCGUCAAGUUGGCUUAGCUGGCAAGCAGGUACUUGAUGUAGGCUGUGGUGGAGGUAUUUUGGCGGAAAGCAUGGCCAAUAAAGGCGCUCAUGUGAUGGGUAUUGAUUUGUCAGAAGCGUCUCUUGAAGUUGCCCGUUUACAUGCUUUAGAAACACAAACAACGGUUCAUUAUGAAUUGAUCAGUGUCGAAGCACUUGCUAUGAAUAAAGCAGCUCAUUUUGAUGUGGUCACCUGUAUGGAAAUGCUUGAGCAUGUGCCCGAUCCUGCUGCCAUCAUCACAGCAAUUCAACGCAUAGUUAAACCUGGUGGGAUGGUAUUUAUGUCCACUUUUAACCGUAAUUUGUCCGCUUAUGUUUUUGCAGUCUUAGGUGCCGAAUAUAUUCUGAGGAUGCUGCCUAGGGGUACACACGAUUACCAAAAGUUUAUUACGCCAGCUGAACUGGCUCGUAUGGCAAGGCAUACGGUGUUAUUUGAUUUUGAUGGUACGCUACUUGACACAGCCGAUGAUCUAGCCAAUGCUGCCAAUAACGCAUUGGUUUACCAUGGUUACCGCCCCUUUGAUGUAGAACUUUUAAAACCUCAUGCCUCCUCAGGGGCAAUGGGGUUAUUAGGCGCUGCUGGAUUUGCGCCAGAACAUCAACAAUUUGAGGAAUUGCGUCAUCGUUUUAUGGAGUUUUAUGCUCAAAACCUCUCUCAACACAGCAGCCUUUAUGAAGGGGUGAGCAAUAUACUCGAAAAAAUCGAGACAAAAGGUUUGUUAUGGGGUAUUGUGACCAAUAAAUCAUCACGUUUUACGCUACCUUUAGUUGAGCAAUUUGGCUUGGAUCUAGCGAGUGUUGUUGUUUGUGGUGAUACAACCCCCAACCCAAAACCUUCCCCAGAACCUUUGUUAUGGGCAGCUCAGCAGUUAAAUAUUGAUCCAACAUCCAUUAUUUACGUGGGUGAUGCAAGGCGAGAUAUUGUGGCGGCAAAAGCUGCCAAUAUGUACAGUGUUGCAGCCGCUUAUGGCUAUUGCGAUGGCGAAAAUCCUGCCUUGUGGGGGGCUGAUGAUCUAAUUCAUAACCCGAUGGGCUUAAACGCAAUCGAUACCAAUGCUCCAAAAGGGCUGGAUAAAGAUGCCACCAAGGCAAAAACAGCAGGCAUAGUCAAGGAGCUCACUGAAUUACAAAACCUUUUAUUCGCAGAAGGCAAACAUUCUGUGUUGGUCGUUGUCCAAGGCAUGGAUGCCAGCGGUAAGGACGGCUUAUUAAAAAACGUUUUUUCAUCGAUGAACCCGAUGGGGGUGCAAGUUACCCCUUUUAAAGCACCAACCGAACUUGAAGCUAGCCACGAUUUUUUGUGGCGUAUUCAUGCACAUGCCCCAGCUAAAGGUAUGAUCGGUGUGUUUAACCGUUCACACUAUGAAGAUGUUUUGAUUCAGAGGGUUCACGGCUGGAUUACCGAUGCCGUUGCCCGCAAACGGAUGGCAGCGAUCAAUGAUUUUGAACGUUUACUCAAAGAACACAACAAUACCCAUAUCUUAAAGUUUUAUCUGCACAUCACGCCAGAACAACAGCUAGAACGCUUAAAUGAACGCUUAACCAUUCCUGAAAAGAUGUGGAAACACAACGACAAUGAUUUGGCAGAAGCCAAGCUGUGGCCUAACUAUAUGAAAUGUUACGAAGAUGUUUUUGCUAAAUGUGAUGAAAUCCCUUGGCAAAUUAUUCCCGCAGGGCAAAAUUGGUACAAAAGUUAUUUGGUUGCCAAGGCUUUACGUGACAAACUCGUCUCACUCAAAAUGCAGUUCCCCGGCUUAAAAACGCGCGAGGUUGAUGACCUGCGCAAAUUUAUGAGUACUCCUUCUGACGAACCGUCAUCCAAAACACCAAAAAAUUUAACAAAUAAAAAUAAUACCUUAAGCAUAGCCCACCUGACGCAAACCGUUAAUCGAGCUUUGUUAUUAAAGCCUAAAACCCUUGCAGACUUACAGUAUACCUUGUCAGAGGCUCAAAAAGAGGGCUUAUUUGAUGCAGAUACUUUGUCUAUGCUAGAAGGCGCUAUUCAAGUCAAUAGCCAAAAUGCAGGUGAUAUUAUGGUGCCGCGUUCACAAAUCACCUUUAUUAAUGUGACCAGCCCACUGCAAACCAUUAUAGAUACGGUCAAUACCUAUGCGCACUCACGUUAUCCCGUCUACGAAGGUCAAAAAGAUCAUGUCUUAGGUAUUUUGUUAGCAAAAGACUUAUUACGUUUUGUCGGUAAAGCCGAUCAAUUUGAUUUACGGGAAGAUGACUCAGAUACGAUUGGUGGUUUGGUAGCAAGAAUGCAUGGACGUGUUCCCAAACGGGGUAGUAUUAUCCAUAUCGAUGGGUUUUCUUUCGAGGUGAUACGAGGGGACGCACGCGUAUUGGCAACGUUAUCUUUUGCACCUUUUGGGUUUUGGCCACUGCAAUUGAUGAGUUAUCUGGUCUUAUUUGUUCUUUUAUUGAGCCCCAGUUACCGUUAUCGGCUCUUGACCUGUUUUGUUUUUGCGACAACCCACUUUGCAACAGGGCUAUGGUGGCUAUGGGAAAGUUUGCAUACGCAUGGUGGCAUUCCCAACCUAUUGGCCAUUUUAGCGGUCAUCUUAUUGGCAAGUUUUUUAGCGCUAUUCCCUACGGUUGCCGCUAGCAUAAGUCUCAAGUUGAUCGACAAAUUGCAUCAAACCCGUUUUUUCUUUUUGUUGUCUUCAGCAAUGGCCAGUUGUUUUGCCUUGAAUGAUUUUUUACGUGGUUUCGUUCUCUCAGGGUUACCUUGGUUAGCAACAGGGUAUGCCCAUACCGAUAGCCCUUUGAUUGUUUUUGCCCCGUUAUUUGGUGUGUAUGGUAUUGGUUUUAUUGUGUUUUUAAUUUGUGCUUUGUGUGCAAAUGCAUUAACACUUUAUUGGCGAUACGGUGCUCUACCUCGCCGUGUAGGAAUCAUAACUUUGGUGAGCGGAGCUUUUUUGUUGGGUAGCUAUACAUUACUGCAUCAUCAUUGGUGGGCGCGACCAUCGGGAAAGCCACUCGUUGUUGCAAGUAUUCAAGGGAAUAUUUCUCAAUCGAUUAAAUUUAGUGCUGAUGGCUUGCAGCUUUCUUACGAUACCUACAUCAAAGCACUCGAAAAUCAAAACGUAGAUUUGGUGAUCACUCCAGAAUCAGCCCACCCAGUCGCACUUGCUCAAGUGAUGGAUCAAGUGGGUGAACGCAUCAUCCACGCAACAAAAACGCAUCGCACCUACUAUUUGUUAGGUGCCAUUUCAGAAGAUUCAGCGACCGAUUAUGCCAAUAGCGCUUACGUGAUGAAUCCAGAGGGUCAAUUUUAUUAUCGAUACGAUAAACAUCAUUUAGUGCCUUUUGGUGAAUACAUUCCUGAUUUUUUUGAAUGGUUUGUCAAGCUAUUGCAAAUGCCAUUUGGUGAGUUCCAAGCUGGAGCACUCGUGCAAAAUCCUGUACGCAUUAAAUCGUUGUGGAUUGCACCCAAUAUUUGUUAUGAAGAUUUGUUCGGUGAAGCAAUUGCUCGCUCGAUUCGACAAAAUAGCCAAAAGGGUAUGCAACCGCAUAUUCUUGCCAAUCUCACCAAUCUUGGGUGGUUUGGACAAAUCAUGGUGUUAGAUCAGCAUUUACAAAUUGGUCGAAUGCGUGCUUUUGAAACCCAAAAACCGAUUAUUCGUACCACCAAUACAGGGAUUACUGCGUAUAUCGGCGCUGAUGGUCAAAUCCUCGCACAACUGCCUAGCGCAACUCGUGCGAUUCUCAAAACAACCAUACAAGGGUAUCAAGGCUUAACACCUUAUGUCCAAUGGGAAAAUUGGCCGAUGCUUGGGUUAUGGACUUGUCUUGGUGUUUUAGCUUUGAUUGCUAGGCUAAUGCAAAGAGCU